CUAUUAAAAUUAAAUUUCAAAAUUUUCAUGUAAAAAUUAACUUUAAUUAUAAUCAUUUUAUUAUGUUACAUAUGAACUAAGUAAAAAUGCCACGUCCACUCCUAAAAGAUACAAUCAAGAGCGGUAAGUUAAAUUAAUUUUUUUGACAGUAUAACGCAUAAUUAACCAUAAUUAAUAAUAGAAAAUUAAUUCUAGAAUAUGUUAUCGAUGAAAAUCGUAGACCAUCGAAUAAAACAAUUAAAUUUAAAAAAUCCUUAACUGCAGCAAGUCGUAAAUUUAAUUUAACUGUGAAAAAUCGAGAUCGUUUAAUAGGAGGAGCAGAUGCUCCUGAGGAACAAAAAGACAUAAUGAAACUGCCAGAAGAAACAGUGGAAGAAAAAACUCGUACAGCUGGACCAUGCUGUACUUGUUUGGCGCAAGUACCAGGAUCAACCGGUUGGUGUUCGUCGAUAUACUUGGUCGAAUACAACAAUGGAGCGGUUUGGUACAAAACAAAUUGGAUAUUUGUAAUAAUGAAAUCGAAACAUUGCGUGAAGAAUUAAUAGCACGAGCUUGUGAAAUCGAAAAUUUAAAGAAUUUAUUGGGAGAAUGUGAGAAAGAACGUGAAGCUGCUCUAAUUCAAGCGGCUAAAGCACAAAAAGAAGCAAUUGAAAUUGGAGAACGUUUUGAAAAUUAUAAAAAACAAGAAGAAGAAAGAAGAAAAAUGAUUUCAGAAAUAACUCCAAAAACUCCAGAAAUAAAAGAAGUAAAAGAACCAAUAGAAAUAAAAGAACCAAAAGAAAUAAAAGAACCAAAAGAAGUAAAAGAACCAAAAGAAAUAAAAGAAGUAAAAGAAUUAAAAGAACCAAAAGAAAUAAAAGAAAUAAAAAAACCAAAAGAAAUAAAAGAAGGAAACGAGCUUGAAAAAGAAAAGAUAGAAAUUAUUUGCACAGAUGCAGCUAUUCAAUCAAUUUUGAAAGACAAAGAAAAAAGACGAGAAAUUGAAGUAAAUUAAAGAUUUUUUUAUUUUUUAUUGUAAAUAUAAGUAAAAUAUAUUAAAAUAACAAUUUGUUUAAAUAGCUUGAAGGUGAAAUAGCAAGACUCCGCAAAGAAAAUGAACGUAUUAUAAAAGAACGUGUUGAAUAUGAGAGUGCGAUACAACGAGCAUUACUUCGAGGUGUUUCAUCUUUGAAUGUUGAAGCAUUGAAAGUUUUACGUUGUCCACCAAUUCCAUGUUGUACUCCUUGCGCACCUUGUCCUGCUUCUGCUAUGUAAGGCUUUUAAUUUCUUUUAAUCAAACUAUUAAUCACAAUAAAGAAUUAAAAAAAAAUCAAUUUUAAAGAUUAAUUUAAAGAAAUUAAUAAAAAAAAAAGUUCAACAAUAAUAUUUUAUAUAUUUUACUUAUAAUACUUAAAGUAUAUUAUGUUAACUAUAAUAUGUAAUAUAAUAACUAUAAUAUUUCUUGAAUGUUUGUCAUUAUGAUCCUUUCACUUUGAAUAAAAAAAAUAGCAUUUAUUGAUCUAUAUCUAAACAAGGUCAAUCCUGAUUCAUUAAAGUUUCACUCUCAGAGAAUCGGUUGUACCAUGUGCCAAGAAAAACACUAGGAUCGCUAAAAACUGCGGCACUAAAAAUAUCGAUAACGGAAGUGCCGUUCGUGAAAAUUGCAAAAUUAUGAAACAACCUUGCGCCAGUCCUUGUUGUUCUGCUGG